AUGCCUCCUCCAUAUAGCAACGUUUGGAAUUACUUUCGAGCAGAUGCUGUUGCAUACAUUAAUGCUAAUCGAAACUGGACACCGGCGCAGCGAAACCACACUGUUUCCACGAUAUGGGCUGGGCACCCAGCUGUCAAAUAUCAUUAUGAUGUCGGAACACUAGACGCGCAUGGUGGGCGGACAGUCUUGAGCCCAGGCUUACCGAUCCCAAACCCCAUUCCAGUAGUGCCAUAUACACUCGCACAUGUUCAUUAUGCGAAAGCGACUGGAACAUUGCCUAUGCUGGCACCACCACCUGCACCUACACUUCUGCCAGUUCCGGUUCCAAUUCCUGCUCCAGCUCCAGUACCCGACCCCGCCCCUACUUCCGCUCCAGAACCUCGAUAUGUUAGUUCCCAACUGCAUGACUUUUGGCCAAGGCUUCCAUGGUCUCCUGAACCCAGGCUACCACCCUUUGACGCAGAGGUUAUCAAGACAGACAAAGCAUCAAAAGAUGCUUGGCUCGGUACCAAACCACUUAUGUCUCCAUCAAGGGAUGAGUCUCAGUGGCGCGGUGUCCUCAUGUUAGGGAGUGGGGCUUUUGGUGCCGCGGGCUUAUGGGUUCAAACUGAUGCCGCAAACAACAUUCAAGACAGAAUGGUAAUCAAGGAAGCUACCACUUUUGUAAACAGUCAGUGGCGAGAUCCGAGGAACUGGCGAGAUAGAUUACCUCGCGAGAUCAGGAUUCACGAGCUUGUGGAAGAGAGACGUAUUGUGGAGCCUGAUUCUUGCCGCCAUCUCAUUCACUGUCGUGGACAUCGAUUAUGGAUGCGAUUAAAACGCUACAGACUAUAUCUCGACUUCCAGGCUGGGGGUGAUAUAUACCACGCAGUUUAUCCCUAUAUCAGAAAUUGGUAUAAGAAAUAUCCUAGCCAGAAUCAGUUUAUCCCAGAAGGCUUCAUCUGGUAUAUGCUAAAAGCACUGGCCACUGCCUGCCUAGUUUUACAGAAGGGAACGGUGUCAGGUGGAGAAGUGGAGGGAUGGCGAUCGAUCACUCAUCUUGACUUGCAAACGACUAAUGUCCUUCUGGAUACGACUGCCCUACUGAAAGAGGAGCCCCUUGAUGAGCCUCUCGGCAUAUUUCAUGAAGCAGAUACACAAGAACUGGGUGGUAGCGACAAAGCCGUGGAUGGCUCGAAUACAAACUGGGGCAAAGAGCCUCCAUUUGUUCCCAUUCUUACCGACUUUGGUAUAUCCUUCUUCAGCCCCGAGAGUCAUGGCUGCCCGCUUUCCGACAACCCAGAAGACUUUCUCAUCUCGGUCUGUGGCCGGUAUCCUCCCGAAAUGCAUCAACAAUCCCCUCCUUAUCAAAUCAAACUGGGCGAGAAGACAGAUGUUUGGGGCAUCGGUAACAUUGCAUGGACACUGAUUACGAACAGCUAUGGCGAUCAUGGACCGAUCCGCUGCGAUGGCGGAAAUAAAAGCACCUAUUUCGCUCGGUUUAGCAGUCAAGUCCCCGUGGCUGUCGAAUGUGAACGCAACAAUGCGCCCCAUGACGAACAUGGUGUGCUCGCGGAAGGGUGCAGAAGAUGUCGAGCUGCUAGUAAAUAUAGCCAACGCAUCAAGGAUUUAGUGCGGCGGUGUGUGAACUUUAAUCAAGCCGAUAGGCCUUCCUUGACCGACAUCAUUGCCCAGGCUAAUGAGGUCCUGGUAAAAGGCUCGCCAGAGAUGGACCAGGUCAUGUAUAGAGACGGACUUCACUUUACAAUCCCAAACUCCAAGGGAUUCGCGAUUGGGGAUCAUUUGCCUUAA